GAUGACACUCAGCAGCCGCCAACGUUGGAGUGCACAGUAGUGAAAGCUAAGCGAACAUGAGUGGCCGACUGUUGUUUACCUUAGUUUCGGUGUUACACCUCGCGUGUAUCUCGACGACGAGCCAUUAUAGAAUUCCUCCACAUGAUGAGGUUGCGAGGGUGGCGCGGUUUGUUGUUAACCAGUGCGACUGGGCUUCGAUGGCUACGAUCUCAACUCAUGACCCCGUGAAAGGACAACCUUUCUCCAACGUAUUUUCAAUUAGCGAUGGCCCCGUGGGCUACGGGGCAGGAAUUCCGUACAUGUAUUUAACUCACAUGGAGAUAUCCGUGAAGGACUUGGAGGCGAACCCUCAGGCCUCACUGUGUGUGUCGUUGGCUCAGACGGACUUCUGUAAGGCGCAGGGCUUCGACCCCCAGAGCCCACUGUGUGCACACAUCAUCCUAUCCGGAUCCGUGGUGGCGAUUCAAAACAGCACAGUCGAGGAAGUUGUGGCCAAAAAGGCCUUGUUCAAACGCCACCCAGAAAUGCUGGACUGGCCAACUGAUCACAACUGGUUCUUUGCCAAGAUGAACAUCACUCAGGUGUGGGUGCUCGACUACUUUGGGGGGAUUAAGACGGUGACCCCAGACGACUACUUCAAGGCCACACCGUACUAGAAGGAUGGGAAGCAGAGAAGUUAGAACACUUUGCUUUCCCCCCCACAGGAGCCCUGUUCCUGAGGGACCGUCUACGCGCUGGAUCAGCAUGUUUGCUAUUACACAAUUAAUUGUUGGAAUAGUGAAUUCUAAAUACCUGUGAGAAAAAUCAAUGUGAAUCAAUUGUGAAUCAAUUAAUUAAACCCCAAAGGCCACUUUAUGUUUAUAUGAAAGGUAACUGGAUGUUUUUACUGCUUGCACUACUCAGGAACACAAUUCACAAGGAAUAGAUAAGAAGGAAUAGAUAGAUACCUUGUAUAGUAUUCUAAUAUCUAAGGAAUAAAUAAGAUGAUCUACCUUGUGUGGUAUUCUAAUAUCCAAGGAAUAGAUAAGAUGAUCUACCUUGUAUGGUAUUCUAAUAUCUAAGGAAUAGAUAAGAUGAUCUAC